UACUGUAUUGUUUCAUUAAUAGACUCUGCAUUCGCAUUAAAAUGAAUAAGGAGGAGGUCCCCUUAAAAGGGCCCAAAGAAAAACCAAAGGAGAAGACAAUAAGAGAAAGAAUAGCGCACGUCAGAGAGAAUAUAACUUUAGAACCGGUACUAAUAACGUCGGUCGUCCCCGGAGUGUUGGCAAGACUAGCGACACAAAAUUUAAAUUUGGAUAAAGCGUGUAGAGUUAACUUGAAUUAUGGAGACGUGGUUUGUAAUGCCCUCAUUGCGAAAGAAGGAACCCAAUAUCAGAAGGAGGAACUGGCUGUACAGGAGCUCAUCGCGUCUAUGGAAGCUUGGAAGAACUUGAUUCUCACAGCGAUACCGAGUUUCCUCAUCCUCUUCAUUGGUGCUUGGAGUGAUAGAACUGGCAAACGCAAGAUUUGCAUCUUGAUGCCGAUUGUGGGGGAAUUUCUUAUGUGUCUCAGUAAUAUACUCAAUGCGUACUAUUUCUACGAGCUGCCUGUGCAAAUCACGAUGUUCUUCGAGGCCUUCUUCCCAGCGAUCACCGGUGGCUGGAUCACGACGUACAUGGGAGCUUUUAGUUAUAUUGGUGAAGUGUCAAGUGAGGAAACGAGAACAUUCAGAGUAGGUGUUGCUAAUCUUUGCCUGACAGCUGGAGGACCCAUCGGAACUGCACUCAGCGGUAUAUUACUAAAGAAGAUUGGUUACUAUGGAGUAUUUUCUAUAUCAUCUGUUCUAUACAUUUUUAGUCUUUGGCAUGGUUUCUUUUAUAUCAAAGAUCCUGAAAGACCUACGAUCAACGAAAAGUUAAAGGAUGAAGAAAGUAGUUUAUUUGCGUCCGUAAUAUCUUUCUUUAAUAUAAAACACAUAAAGGAAACGUUGUCGGUAGCAUUCAAAAAGGGACCUAAUUAUCGAAGAACAAAGUCCAUACUCAUUUUAGCUUCGAUUGCAUUUAUUUAUGGUCCUUCUUACGGUGAAUACACUGUGCGUUACCUCUUUACUCGCUUUAAAUUUAAUUGGGAUGCACUGAAAUACAGCUUCUAUAAUACCUUUUAUAUCUGCAUCCACAUCAUCGGUGCAUUGGUAUCCAUUAGUAUUUUUAGUCGUAGAUGGAAAUGGCAAGACGCUACUUUAGGCUUGAUGUCUACCUGCAGUAAAUUUGUUGGCGGUCUGUGUACCGGUUUGUCUAGAACCUCAUUAGAAAUGUAUCUUGCCGUUGCUAUUGAAACUUUUAAUGCAACAUCGUUCACCGCCCUUAGAUCGAUUUCAUCGAAGCUAGCAACAACUGAUGAAUUGGGGAAAAUGACAUCAGUAUUCAAUCUCAUGGAGGUAGUAACCUCUAUGGUGUUCGGUCCAAUCUACUCGUGGAUCUACAUGAUGACACUGACCAUUGAUGCUGGUAUCGUCUACUAUUGCAGCACUGUGUUGACGCUUGUGCCGAUCCUAAUUUUCAGUUGGUUUUACUACCAAGAUAAAAAGGCUGCUGAUCGUGAGCAUAGAGAAUGCAAAGAUAACGAAGAAGGAAAAAUUAAGAACUCUAACUGUGAUAAUGAUAAUAAGAAAGUUAAGGAAGACAAUAUAAUAGAUAGCAUAGAUUUAGUGGAUGCUAAAGUGAAGGAAGAAGUUAUUUGUUGAGAAUUUGUGUUCUCUUGAGUUUAGUAAAUAAAAUGUUAUGCCAAUAAAGUUUUUUAAGCCA